AUGAGGAGGCUUGAUCCGGUGCAUUUCUCCAUGCUCUUCAUCGGGGUCUCCUUCGCCUGCUACGCCCCGAGUUUGGAUUCUCUGCAGGACCAGGCUUACAGAUCGGCCGUGGUGAUCGAAGGCGAAGUGAGCGCACUGCCCGCAAACGUCUCCGUGGAGCCCUACAGUGUGAAUGUCAAAGUGCUGGACGUGUGGCCGGUGAACAGCGGCGGGCUGGAGCGCGAACAGCUCGUCACCGUCGGGGAAUUCGGCUCCGAGGCUCCGUGCGUUGUGGUGGAAAAGAACCACAGAUAUAUCUUUUUCAUGGACCCUACAGAGGAGCCUUUAGUAUUCAAAGCAUCGUUUGCUCCUUUGGACACCAGUGAGAAAAAUCUCAAAAAAGAUGUGGAGAGCAUAUUGUGUGAAGACUGCGCAUCAGCUCCGAAGGUGAAGCCCAUGGAUUCUCAGUUGCUACUGGAAGGUAGAAAGCUGACUCUGAAGUGUGAUGCCGCAGGCAAUCCAAGCCCCUCCUUCAACUGGUACAAAGAUGGCAGCCAGCUCCACAAGAGAAAAGACGUCAAAAUCAAAUCCAACAAGAAAAACUCAAAGCUUCACAUCAGCAGAGUGAGACUGGAGGACUCUGGGAACUACACCUGUGUGGUAGAAAACUCACUGGGCAGAGAGAACACCACCAGCUACGUCAACGUCCAAAGCAUAUCCACCACAUUGUCUCCGGGCUCAAGUCAUGCCAGGAAGUGCAAUGAAACGGAGAAGACAUAUUGCGUUAACGGUGGCGACUGUUAUUUUAUAAAUGGUAUAAAUCAGCUGUCCUGCAAGUGUCCAAACGAUUAUACCGGCGAACGCUGUCAAACCUCCGUUAUGGCCGGUUUCUACAAGCAUCUUGGAAUUGAAAUCAUGGAGGCAGAGGAGCUGUACCAAAAACGUGUGCUGACGAUAACAGGCAUCUGUGUGGCACUGCUGGUUGUUGGCAUCCUGUGUGUGGUGGCAUACUGCAAAACCAAGAAACAAAGGAAGAAGAUGCAUAACCACCUGCACCAGAACAUGUGUUCAGAGCAUUCAAACCGUAUGCUGGCCAAUGGACCCAACCACCCAGGCCCUGUCUCGGAGGAAAUCCCCAUGGUGGAAUAUAUAUCAAAGAAUGUACCAGCAACUGAGCGAGUAAUACGACAAGGAACAGAGACAUCAGGCAAUUUCUCAGGCAGUCAAAUGUCAUCGAGGUCCCACCACACUUCCACAGCUUCUCACGCUUCCAGUCACCGACAUGAGGAGCGCACUUGGAGUAUGGAACGGACAGACAGCAUACACUCUGACUGUCAGUCAGGGGCAAUGUCUUCUUCCAUCGGCACAAGUAAAUGCAGCAGCCCGGCGUGUAUGGAGGCACGCGCUCGCCGUGAGGCAUACUUUGGUUAUCCUGACACUACACAGUGUCCCCUACAGUAUGGAGACUCUUAUGACUCCCUGCGGGAUUCACCUCACAGUGACAGGUAUGUGUCUGCUCUGACCACGCCAGCACGUCUGUCUCCAGUGGACUUCCACUCCUCACUGCCCCCGCAGGUGCCUACCUUCCAGAUUACCACACCCAACGCCAACCAUGCCCUCUGCUUGCCGCCCGCCACCUCCGCUGUUGCCAUGGGAGCCUAUUCACCUGAUGACAACCUGCCACUUCUGCACCAUUACCGGCGCUCCCGUCGGCCAUAUUAUGCGGCAGAGAGCACAGGCUCCCUUCCAUCCAGCCCGUAUCGUUUUGUGGAUGAUGAGGACUACGAGACCACACAGGAGUACAUGACCUCACGAGAGCAGCCGAAAAAGAGCAGCAGUGGCCAUCGUUGGCGCAGGAGAUCGCGACACAACGGACACGUAUCGCAGCGUGCAUCAGCAUCCAGAAACUACAGCUCGCAAAGCUGCCUGUCAGACAGCGAGUGGGAGGAUGAUGAGGUAGGCGACCUCGGCCACGGCGAGAGCACGCCGUUUCUCAGUAUGCAGAACAUGAACGCCACCGAGCCAGUCACCAUAUGCCGUGCCAAUGACACACGGACUUACAGUGACACAGGACGAUCUGGUUCCCAUGGCAACGUGCCAACGAACAAACUGUCGCAGUCUCGGUCCAGACCAAACAAUGCACCCCUUUAAAAAAGACUAACAAAACAAGGAUGAACAAAUGUAUCUAGGAGUGAAAAACAAAUGAUAUGCUAUAGACCUGCACCUACGAGAAAUAUUUUUUAUUUUAUAUAACAGACAGAUAUUCUAAACAAAUGAAAUAUUUAUUUUCAUUUCAGCAAAUAUUGUCUACUUGCUAGCAGCAAAGAAUUUUUUUAUAGGGGGAAAACUAUUUGUAUGUUAUUUCAUUUUUUGAUUUACAGCAUUAUGAAAAAGAAUUACGUGCCAAUUUUUUCACGAGUUAGAAAUUGAAUAAUAUUGUGGUGCCUUUUGCUGUUUGCCGAUGAGGGAGGUUCAGUUGAGUUUUUGUAGCCUUUCUUAAACAGACUCUUGGGUUUUAUAGACAUGUUUCACUGUCUUUUUAGUUUGUUUUGUUUGUUCAGGAUCUCCCCAUUUGAACUGUGAUAUUAUUCAGACACCAUGCAAUAUCGAAUCACUUUUUGUGUAAGGUGUUUGUUUUCAUGAGUAGGAUUGACAUCCACACGUAACAGAUGUUAAAAUGCAACAGAUGUAGAUUCAUGUGAACACCAACCACACAGAGUGGUUCAUUCAUUCUGUGCCAACAUAAUCAAUCAGAUCGCUGUUUGCUUUUGAUUUUUGUUCUAGUUUAGUUUAUUGUUUUUCUCAACUGGUCGUUGCAUAUUGUUUCCAUGGAAACAGAGGUUUGCAGGAGUUCACAGGGCACGGCGCUGGGUCACAGUAUCGGUCCUGGUGUUCAGGGUUUUCAAAAAUGGUAGUCUGUACGUCCAAUGAAUGUGUUUACACUUCUGUGAGUGUGUGAGAGUAGCGUUUGAAUUUUUAAUCUCAGUGUAUAUGUAUGUAUCUUUGUGUACACAGUAGUGGCUGCCUUUUUGUGUGAGGAAACAUUUAGUUUGUGCGUGUAGCAUUGUGUAUGUCUUCAGGUUAACGUUUUGAGUGUGUGUAUGUGUGUGUUUGUGAGUGUAGACAUACACCUAUGAGUACUAGUGUUCCUGUAAAUGUGUGUGAGUAUGCUUGUAUUACUUUAUGAUUUCAGUUUUGUUCUU